GAACCAGUCGCUCAGAGGAGUGGAUGCAUGUGGACGGAUGGAGCGGCGGGAGGUGUGAGAAUAAAUGCGCUCUUUCAUUUCCAACAGAGAAACCCUGAGGCACACAUUUAAAAGAAGGGUCACAGGAGUGAACAGUGAGUGUGGAUCAUGGAUAAUAAGUCAUCAAGGGAAGCAGAAACAGUGGUUCUGCUCCAAGUUUGAGCUGGAUGAGUUUGUGUGAAGUUCGGGCUUCAAAGAGGAACUUAGGGGUCCUGAGGGAUGAAGCUCACCGCCGCUGAUUAAUCGCUUAAGGUGUUGCCCAUUUGUAAAGGCUUACUGACUCUGAACUUAACUUUGCUGGACAGGACAGGUGCAGUCGCUCAAUCUUUCUCUUUUUGCUCAUGUGAGGACUUGAAAUAUUGCAGCAAAAAAGCAAAAAAUUACAAACAGGAAUAUUUUCAUUAUAUAUUUUUUUGUUUUAAUAACAAGAUAAUUUGUCUGUAAAUGAACCCGAGCCACAAAUGCACGUCUAACAUGCCACGGCAGAACACUCUGAGUGGAUUUUACGCAUCUCCUGAGGAAAGAGAGAUCUGAAAAUGUGGUGGAGACAGACGCGCUGCGUUUCCAACAGCUCGGGGGAGACCGCUUUGUAAACACAGAAGAGGAAAAAGAGGAGGAAGAAGAAGAAAAAAUCGGACUAAAAGGACUGCUUUCAUUCAGUUUUAUAAAUGGAGCUGCGCAAAUACCUGUUGUGCCUUGAGUUUAUCCUCCUCCUGAAAGAAUUGUGUCAGUGUUUCAACAUAGAUGUAAAACAUCCUCGUGUCUUCACUGGUCCAGAGGACGCCCAGUUUGGCUUCUCUGUUCUUCAGCAUGAAGCAGAAGGAGAGAAAUCAAUGCUGGUUGGAGCCCCGUGGGACGGGCCACCCAACAACAGGAAAGGAGACGUGUACAAAUGUGUUGUGGGGGAGGAGAAAAACGCAAACUGUAGUAAAGUGAACCUCGGUGAAACUGCUCUUCGUAAUGUUUCUAAAAAUCUGAGGAAUUCUCAUCUGGGAAUGACCCUCACACCAGACUCACCUGAUGGAUUUUUGGCGUGUGCCCCUCUAUGGUCGCAGGAGUGUGGAACGUCGAUGUUCAGCACCGGCAUCUGCGCCUCUGUUAGCGAUGACCUGGAACCAAGAAAGACCAUCGCUCCAACUGAGCAAAAGUGCCAGACAUUCAUGGACAUUGUGAUCGUUGUGGAUGGUUCAAACAGCAUCUACCCGUGGUCUGAAGUCCAGAACUUCCUUAGCAACAUCCUCAGCAAGUUUCACAUCGGCUCCGACCAGAUGCAGGUUGGUAUACUGCAGUAUGCAGAAGUAGCUGUCCAUGAGUGGUCUCUAAAGGACUACCAGACCACACAGGAGGUGGUGGAGGCCGCCAAGAACAUCAGCCGACAGGAGGGACGAGAGACACGCACUGCAUAUGCCAUCCAAAUGGCCUGCACAGAGGCAUUCAGUGCUGAGCGUGGAGCGAGGGAGGGCGCCACCAAGGUGAUGAUUGUGGUCACAGAUGGGGAGUCACACGACGGGGACGAGCUGCCAGACGCUCUAGAGGAAUGUGAAAGCAGAAACAUCACUAGAUACGCCAUUGCUGUUUUGGGGUAUUACAUCCGCAAACAGCAGGAUCCAGAGACAUUCAUUAAUGAGAUUAAGUACAUCGCCAGUGACCCAGAUGAUAAGUACUUUUUCAAUGUGACCGAUGAAGCUGCACUGAAUGACAUUGUGGAUGCUCUCGGAGAUCGAAUUUUCACUCUGGAAGGUACCCUGGGAUACAACCAGAGCACGUUCCACAUGGAGAUGUCUCAGAUUGGCUUCUCCACACACACAUUGAAUGAUGGCAUUUUGUUUGGGAUUGUGGGCGCCUAUGACUGGGAUGGAGGAGUGCUGAAGGAAGGAACCAAUGGAGUAAUUGUGCCACCAAGAGAGGCCUUUGAAAGUGAAUUUCCUUUGGAGCUCAAAAAUCAUGCUGCUUAUUUAGGUUACACAGUGUCAUCUGUGGUCAUUGGUGACUGGAGGAAGCUGUAUGUAGCUGGGGCUCCUCGAUUUAAACACAAAGGCAAAGUCAUUUUAUUUGAACUCCAUGAAAAUGGUUAUGUUGACAUCGUACAGGCUUUGAAUGGAGAACAGAUCGGAUCUUAUUAUGGCAGUGAAGUGUGUGGGCUAGAUAUCGAUAAAGAUGGCAUCACUGAUGUACUCCUGGUUGCUGCUCCCAUGUAUCUUGGCUCAGGAAACAAGGAAGCUGGAAAAGUCUACAUCUACACCCUCAGUGGGGAGGGAAUGUUUAUAUCUAAUGGUACUCUGAAAUCAGACGAUAAGUCGCAAGAUGCCCGGUUUGGUUAUGCACUGACUGCUGCUCCAGACCUGAACCAAGAUAAUUUUACUGACCUGGUGGUUGGAGCUCCGCUGGAGGAUGAACACAGAGGGGCCAUUUAUGUCUACCAUGGACACGAUAUUUACAUCCUCCAUGAUUAUAAACAGCACAUAUUAGGGUCUGCCCUCUCGCCAUCUCUGCGGUAUUUUGGCCGUAGUGUGAGCGCACAGAUGGAUUUGGACGGUGAUGAGCUGAUAGAUUUGGCAGUGGGAGCCCAAGGCAAAGCCGUGCUGCUCAGCUCCCGAAGCAUCGUCCAGAUCAAUGUGAGUUUGUCCUUCCAGCCGCACUCCAUCAAUGUCAUUCAGAAGACUUGUCAGAGGGGCGGCAGGGAUUCAGCCUGCCUGAACGCCACAGCCUGCUUCACGGCCGUUUCCCGCUCACCUGGAUCACACAGCAACACUUUUGAUCUUUGGGUAUCAGCCAUGUUGGAUGACAGGAAGUUUUCAGCGCGAGCUCUGUUCGACGAAAGCUCCCACAGACAAAUGCAGCUUUCACUAAGAGUGCAAACAAAAAAACCUCUGUGUUACAAACUGCCUUUCCACGUAUAUGAUACAGCAGAUUAUAUUCGUCCGAUCAGCUUCUCACUGCGGUUUAAGAUCAAUGACACAGAGACGGGUCCAGUAUUGAAUGAAGGCUGGCCAAUAAAUGUCAAGAAAUCUAUCCCAUUUUUUAAAGACUGUGGCGAAGAUGAUGUUUGCACAACAGAUCUGGUCUUGCAGGCACACAUGGACCUCUUGGGGACAAGACAGAAGCCUUAUGUGAUUCGCAGCCCGCGUAGGCGUCUGGCGGUGGAAGUGCAGCUCCAGAACAGACUGGAAAACGCCUACAACACCAGCCUGACGCUGCACUACUCACGAAACCUCCACUUCUCCAGCCUCAGCAUCAGAGAGGAUGCCAAUUUCAAGAUGGAGUGUACCACUCUUGGCUCAAACAGCCACUCAUGUAACGUCAGCUACCCAGUGUUUCGCUCUCAGUCAAAGGUGAAUUUUAUGUUGGAGUUUGAGUUCAGCUGCACCUCUUUACACAAUCGGGUGCAAAUUAAGCUCAAUGCUACCAGUGACAGUAGUGAGAGAGAGGACACUCUGGGGGACAACAGCAUUCAGCUGCAGACUUUUGUGCAGUAUGACCCAGAUCUGUUCAUUAGCAGUGAGUCAAAUCUGAACCGCUACGAGGUCCACCCCACACGGGCUGCAUCAGAAGCCAUGGGUCCAGAGUUCUACACACACAUCAGGCUGCUGAAUAUCGGUUGUUACUCUGUGAGUAAUCUGGAGCUGCGUGUGCUUUUGCCCUCUGUGGCUGCAGAAGACGCAGUCUUCAUGACUGUAACGGAUGUCUUCACAUACAACGCCUCAGGAAUAAAGUGCAGCGUGCUGAAUGAUGUAACCCAGCUGAAGUCCAGACAGAGAGAUGUUCGUCCCCUUCACCCUGAGGACAUGAUGCAUGAUGAAAUAGUGAACUGCAGCCGGUCGUGGUGCACAGAGGUUGUCUGUGAAGUGAAACAGCUCGGGCAGCAGGCUGUUAUACGAAUCAGCCGCAGAGUUCAUGAUGACUUUUUCAGAAAAGUCAAAUAUAAGUCAGUGAGGAUAAUUAGCGCCUACAGCCUCUCAGCUCAGGAGACCAACCUCAUCACUCUGGGAACAGGAACAGUCCGGGGGGAGACUGUGCUGGAGGUUCUGAAGGGCCGAGCUAUUCCCAUCUCGCUCUGGAUUUUGAUUGGCAGCAUCAUAGGUGGUUUGCUGCUACUGGCGCUCAUUAUAUUCAUACUGUGGAAGCUUGGAUUCUUCACACGUAAACACAGAGAGGAUGAAAACCAUGAGGACUGAGGCAGAGUUUACAAAGAAGACAACCAGAUGAGCAGAAUCUGCCUUCAAACAGGCAACAUGAUGAAGUUCCUAUUGAAGACUUUAAAACAGGGAUCUCUAGGACCAAAGACAGCAUUGCCAGGAUCCAACAAAAAUGCACUGCCCAAGAUUUCCAGGGUCAGAGGGGGCAAUUAUGUAAAUUAUCUUUUUUUAUAAUUUUAAGCAAAAUGUAUCAAAUGACAGUUAUUUUAUUUAACUUGCAGACUUUUUCUAUGAUUUCAUAUUUUAAACCGUCAGAACAGGUUUUAUUUGUUCUUUAUUGGAAUAAAAACAGUUGAAAAGAG